CGUGGUGAUAGCUGCUUGCUCAAGUCCGUUUUCAUUUCGGAGUUAUUUUCUGAAAUUUACCCAAAUACAUUUACUCUUUGUGAUUUUGCACUUAUUCUUAAUUUCACAAUUAGAAUCUGCUAGUGAGAAUUGUUUCUGCUAAAUUUUAGUGUAGAUAUUUAAAAAAGUGAACGCAUUGUAUUGAAUUCUGUUGAUAUACGCUGACAUAACCUCAAAAGUAAUGAGUUUCUCGGACGUUUCGGAAUAAAGUUUUGUGUUGUGCAGAUCGACUGGAGUAUUAUGUCAGGAAAAGGAAAACAAAACUCAAAAAAAGCUGUCGUUAAGGUGCGAGAAAGUGGAAAAUCAGCGCAAGCAACUUUAAAUAAUCCAGAAGCGAGUCCUGAAGCAGAAGACAUGUCUGCCUUUUUGUUAAGUUUAAAAACAAUUGACAAGAACAAACACUUGCCAAAGUACUCCGCUAUUCUUCAGCGAACGCCAGAAGAAGGAGUAGGAAUGGAAGAUCUGGACGCUCUGCAAUUGGAACUCGAAAUGCUUCUUUCUUCCGUAGUCGUUCGACGUCGAAUGCUCGAGGAAGAAGGGGCUGCGCUCUCACCAACAGAAGAACGACGAGACAGAAGAUCGAAAAGUGGAAAGGGUCUCAAUCUCCUCGACAAGAAAAUGAGGGACGACAAAUCUAGAGCCAAGGAACUCAAUGCAAAAACUCACUCUCCUUUGCCCAGCAAACUUUUCAAACAGCGAACUCCCGGAAGUUCUCUAAAUCAAGUCGUUCCCAAUCCACACGAAUUAGUUCGUAUCGAGGGCAAAGAUGUCCCGAAACUGAUGCCUAAAAACGACACUCCCAAUAAAUUUUGGGCAUCAGUUGAUCCAUUUUGCACUGAUAUUAUGGCUGAUGAUAUCAAAUUAUUGGAGGAACUUAUCGCGACACAUGGAGAUAUUUCCGAGUUUAAAAAAAUUCCACCCUUGGGACGACACUACAGCUUACUCUGGGCUCAUAAUGAUUUAUUGCAAGAAGAAGAUGCUUCGAAUUCGAAUAGGGAUAAGAAAAAAAGUCGGUCUGAUGUUUCACUUUUGAUGACGAAAGCGGAUAAAAAAGUUAAUGGCAUCGCUGGACCUUUGACACAGAGACUGGUUUCCGCUCUUCUAGAAGAGAAUGUCUACGUUGCAAAUAAUAAUACAGAUAACAAACUCUUCCGCGACGGAGAUCCGCCAGUUUUGAGGGACCUGACCAUCCAUAAUUCGAUGAACCUGGAGCUUCGAAUGCACAAGGAACUCGUCGAGCAGGGAAUCUUGGAGCCGGAUUCUCAAAAGAAAAACCAGGAAGACGAUGAAAUUCUCGCGGAAAUUAAACGUUGCCAGCAGGAACUUUCGGCACUUUCUGGUCACAAUGUUUCACAGCUGAAAAGGCUCUUGACACUUGCACAGGAGGAGAGCAAGCGCCAAACAUUAAAACGAAAAAUCAGCUCUGUCGACAAUGAGGUGGUUGAGCAUUAUAAUAAAUUAGCUGUUUCCAAGCAAAGAAAAAUUCCACUUUCGAGAAAGGAACAGGAAAAGGCGUGGAACUGUCUUAAGGAGAGGGAAAAUCUUUUACAGCAGCUCGAUAUGCUGCCUUCAAAUAGUAUUGGAGAACCGACCAGACUCCCGAAUGUGAGCAGCGUUUCUACGUAGGAUUUAGUUUUUAUUGUCAUUAGAUGGGAUUAGAGAUUGGGAUUAUAUUAAUUAACUUAAAAUUUAAGCGUGUUUCUGUCAGUGGAUCCAGAUUCGUUUUUAAUUGUGAGACAACGUUAGGGUAAGGUAGUCAGUCGAAAUAAAGUUAAAUUGCGAAUGUCUA